AGGUGGCUAAAACUCGCUAAAAGAUGGCGACGCGCACUUAAUUUUUGUUUUUUCCCACAUAAUAAAGUGUAUUAAGACCAAAAUAAAAGCAGCGGCAGAGAAACAAUCAGAGGCUGUUGAUAAGUGAAUAAAGCGCCGACCCACCGAAACUCUUAGCCAGGGCCGAAAACGAGGCGCGAGUGGAGUGAAACCAAGACAAACAUUGAAAUGUCGCUGGCCCCGCAGAGAGCAACAAGUGUGUGAAAAUCGAAUUGUGGCCGUUUAAAAUGUUUGGAGGAGCAGUCAGUGCGCCUGGCUGCUGCUAGAGCGUUCUGAUCCGCACCAGAAAGUCGGAGUUUAACAAAGGAGCCCCGGAGAGACGCCCCCAGAAGCCAGGCCACAGCGUCUGCACACGUAACCUUGUGUGCGCGUAGCACGGAAGCUGUUUGUUCGGAUUCGGUAUAGGUACAUAUAUAGUUGACCAUUCCCAGUACGUCGGGCACGUCACCGAGAAGGAUGGACACCAGCAGCACCACUAAAUCCGCAGCGGGAACUGGAGAGGGCGACGUUUGUCCCUGCUCCACGGUAGCCACCUCCAAUGAGCAGCCGCAGACGAAGCGCCAGAAGAUCGAGAAGCAGCAGCAGCAGGCCAAAGCAAUGCCGCCCCAGCCGCCGGACAUUCUGGAUUUGGACGCCAACAGCAACAGCCAUUUGUGCUCCUCGCUCUCGUCCUCCUCCUCGCACUCGCACUCCCUGUCCACGCCCAGCAGCGCCAACAACUCGCCCACCACCACGCCCUGCAGCUCCCGGGCCGCCUCCUACGCCCAGUUGCUGCACAACAUCUUGCCACAAAACGGAAGCAGCACAGAGCCGCACGGCCAAACGGAUGCCGCCCAGGACGAGGUGGACCGGGCGGCCAAAUUGCCCGAUCUGCUGUCCCUCAGCACGAGCAACUGCAUCCCAGCGGCAGCAACCAUCGACGACAUGCUGGAGUUCGAGCAGUCCCUCACCCGCCAGUGCCUGUGCGGCGUCUCGGAGCGAACGCUGCGCAAGCCCUUCCAGUCGCACUACUCACAGGACACCAAUGGCCAGAAGCGGAUAGCCUACCUGCGCGAGUGGCCCACCAACAAGCUGCUGCAGUUCCUGUCCAACCUGCAGCUGCUCUUCGACAUCUACCUGAAGCAGAACGCCAAGGGCUUCAUCUGCACGCGGAUAAUGGACGUCUGCGACGCGCUGAUUCGCAACGAUCACAAGCUCAUCGACGAGAUCAUCGUGCUGGCCGGCUACGACAACUCGUAUGUGCAAUUCCUGGCGGGACGUGUGCUAGCCGCAUUCCUGGUGAUUGCCAAGCAGGAGCUGAACGACGAGUGGCUGCAGAAGAUCGUCGACCAGCUGUUUAACUUCGAGCAGCUCGACCAGGCGGCCGUCCAGAAGAUCCACUUCAGCCUGGACAUCAUAAAGCGGAUUGUCGAGUGGAAGGAUGUGGAAAUUCAUCCGCUGGACGAUGACUGGAUGGCGGCGGCGAAUAGCUCAGCCUCCUCGGUGGUGCCCCUCGCCACGGAGGCCUCGGUGAGCUACAUGCACUUUCCCGUGCAGGAGCAGCCGCUGGCCACCAACUAUUUUGCGCUGCAGUUUCGUGAGGAUGCGGAGGCGGAACGGGAAACGUCGCCCGACAGCCGCGAACGCCACAGGCGGCACUUUAACGAGGCGAUGAGCGUCGAGCAGUCCAGCGGCUGCCAUGUGGUCACGCUCACCGACUCGGAGAGCUUCGAUACGACGCAUUUGAAGUGCAUCACCAUCCAGAAGCUGGAGCACAAGUGGCCCACGCUGGUGAAGAACAUGUCCGAGCUGAUGGCGCCAACGCACCAGGAUGCGGCCGAGCACUGUGUGCUCAACUUCCUGCAGCUGUGGGAGAACAUCAUCUCGGUGAAGGCCAAUCUGUCGAUCGACGAGACGCGUCCCUACUACGCCCAGCUGGACAAGUUUGAGCUGCUGCUCAGCCACAGUCUGUCCUGCACGGUCUACAAGCAGAUGCUGUGCCUGUUCAACGAGGCGCUGUGCUAUGGCUCCACGCUGGCGCUGCAGGACAUGCUGCCCGAGGAGACGUGCAAGCUGGCGCACCAGAUUGUCUGUCACGUGCGGGGCUUCCGCAUUUUGGAGUCGCUGCCCCGCCGCCAGCCGGACAACAUGGUCAGCCUGAUUGGCUACAAUGGCCGGCCACUGGUCUAUGCCAGCGGAACUAUAAGUUUGGCACCUGCGGCGAUAGCAGGGAAUGCCGAGCAGGAAGGAGGAGAAAGCGGAGAUCUAAUUGAAAUGGACAAAACGCUGCUGCAAAAGAUGGUUCUCCUAGUGCUAAAGUCAAUAGCGGUGACGGUGAAGGAGAUUCGCAGCGAUUCCUCCGACUCUUCGAUCGAUUCCAGCGACUACGAUGCCUUCCAGGACAUGAUGCUCAUCGAGCGCUCGAUCCGCGAUGUGCUGAGCAAGCUGGAGACGUUCAUCAAGCAGACGCUGGAGUUCCAUCCCGAGUGCCACUUUAGCAAGAUCCUGAUCCACCUGUUCGACGACCAGGACGACCAUCUGAUAGAGGCCAUGGUCUGCACGCUGGACGUAACGUCGGGCAUCUCGUUCCGCAAUAAUGCCUUUCCCGAGCUGGUGGCCAUGCUGAAUCCGGUGUACACCUUCCUGGAGUUCCUCAAGAUGACCUCGAACAGCUCCGACCUGCUGCUGGAUUUGCUGGUGAGCAACGAGACCUGCUUCCUGCUCUACCUGCUGCGCCUGCUCAAGUACAUACGCAUGAACUGGACGAUGUUUGUGCACAGUUGUCACACCUUUGGCAUGGGCAGCGCCAUGCUGGACGAGGCGAUGGGUGUGCUGAUCCGGCUGCGCCUGCAGAUAUCCCGCCUGGUGUCGCGCCAGCUGUAUCCCUACGACAUAUCGCCGGUGCUGCGCCUGCUGGAGAGCUGCGAGAGCCUCUACGAGGGCAACGAACUGAGCUGAGUGCAAGCUUCCAACCCACAUGCAAUUAAAAUACGUAAUUUAUUUUAAUAUUUAAUGGAAUAGGAGAAACUAGCGCAAAAUUCAAUGAUGGAGGAGGAGCCUUGUAGGAUAUACGUGUAUUAGCUCGACCAUAUCUCCACACCCCGAUCCAGUAAAGCGUUUACGAUAGUUAAGUUCCGGCACCCUUUCAUCCGCUUCGCAGGUCUUUUAGGUCUUUUAACCCACAUAGAUACAUAACUGUAUGUAAUUGUCAUUGUAAUGAGCAUCACAAGUUCGUAGUUAGUUCGUAGUUAAUGGUAAUAUCAUAGGUACUGAAUUCCAAACUAAACACUACGCUAGACACUAAGAUUUUUUUAAUCUUGCCCUAAGUAGAAUAAUGUACAAUAGGAU